UUAACUUGGCCUUGUCGCACGCCAGUCUGCUUCUGACAUUCGCGCGCCGCGCUCGAUCGCCGCUUUUAACGUCUGUGAUACUCCGCUGCUGUUGGCCAAAAAGGGCGAAGCCAAAGAGGCUUAGGUUCAAAAAUAAAUAUAUAUAUCUAUAUAUAUUUUCGAUUUUCGUGUAGCGAACUUGAGCUGGGAUUUUAGCGAACGCAAUGAAAACGAUAAGCCACACAAUCGGCAUUCUACUGCUGGCAGCUUACCUUCCCUGCAAAUCCUGGGCAGCACCCGCCCUCCACUUCAGUGACCCAGAGCCAGAUGAACUGGAGGCCUAUCCCACGUCGCCCAGCCAGGUGUUGCCCAUACAACCAGUGCUGAUUUAUCCCAAGCCACGUGAGAAUCUCUACCAGGCGCGUACUUUAGCAGGACGCAAUGACGACCAGGACAUCAUCUUUGUGAAGCUGCUGGAGGAUAAAACCCAUGGCUAUCGGCCCAAGCAGCAACGUCUCAUCAUGGAGGAGACGAAGCCCUCGCAGCGAAGGAGUCUGGGUCUGAAGGACAUAUUCUAUGUGAAGGCGCUCACCAACGGUCGGUUCAGCCACGAGCGACUGAAGGUUUACCGGGUGCCCGAGUUCUACGCCAUCAGUGUUUUUAGCAACGGUGAUAAAUGAGCAGAGACACCGGGUGUUGGCGAUAAAAAAGGAGUAAUAUAAGUUAUUUUUAAGAUGCUAUAAAUAAAUACCUCAGGAGUGCCCAA